AAACCCUCGCCUGCGCAUCAGUUGGAGGAGGUGGCUCUCGCAGAGACGGACGGGGGAGAGAACUCAGUCCAGAUCUGUACGAACUCUUGGUUAUUAUUAUUAAUUUUUUUUUUGGCACUAUUUGCUUGUGUUUCUGUUGGGACGCUGUCCUUCGCCAAGUUUUAUUCGUUCGUUGCGCUUAAUGGGAGCGAGAGACACGAGGGGACCUGGAGAGAUCAGCGUGGCUGAGACUGGUCUGUUCGCCGACAGGGGAGUGAGAGUCGCGGCUUCACUGUGCGUCUUUGCGCGGUAGGGGUUACAGGUUCAGGUUGAAUCGCGCUGAGGUUUCCUCCACGUCUUUUACAAAGAAACUGUUGGAAGGAGGAGUAUUCCAGGCACCUUACUUGGACACUGCGAUAUUUUUUCCCCACAUUUUCAGCGGUAGAAACCUAUCGGAUCGUACACUUGGCUCGGCGCACGGUGAAAGUGGAGCGCGGCGGAGGUCUGGAUGCCUGCGGCUUUGGAAGUCCUCAUGGCGCAGCCAAGGAUUACUCCCUACCCGGAGAACAUUUGACGGAGUAAGGAGGCACAGGAAGUGGGGUCAUUGAUCCGCGUCUUCGUGCGCUUUAGCGUCUUUGGAGAGGAUAUGGCACAAUCGGCGCCGGAGAGAAGCGCACAGCCGGCACAGGAGAGCGGAAACAGGAGCUGAAUGACAGGAUGCCAGCGACCUGAACCCGCACUUAACUCACUUCCCAAUUCGCUUCAAAGACACUUCUUAUUAUUUAUCGCUCUGAGAGGAGAAUUCAACCACGCUUGCUGAGAAAAAAAAGCUCUGGAAGGAUUUUAAUUUUAUAAGUUUUUUAUGCGUAAUUUUACUUUUCCGGCGAUUAACCAAGGAUGCAUUGUGGAUUAGUCGUGAUCCUGUUGAUGGGAAUCCUUUUGGUGGUCAAGGCUUUCAAAAACGAUAAAUGUGGAGGCAACAUCAGAAUAUCAUCAGCCAGCUACCUCACGUCUCCCGGAUACCCCCAGUCAUACCCCCCCUCUCAGAGAUGUGCAUGGGUGAUAUCAGCGCCUGGUCCUCACCAGCGGAUCCUCAUCAACUUCAAUCCACAUUUUGAUCUGGAGGACCGGGAGUGCAAAUAUGAUUAUGUGGAGGUCCGAGAUGGAGUGGACGAGAGCGGUCAGCUCGUGGGAAAGUACUGCGGGAAGAUCGCCCCAUCUCCGGUGGUCUCGUCAGGAAACCAGCUCUUCAUCAAGUUUGUGACGGACUAUGAGACCCACGGAGCAGGGUUCUCCAUCCGAUAUGAGAUCUUCAAGACAGGUCCUGAAUGCUCCAGGAACUUUACCUCCAACAGUGGAGUCAUAAAAUCUCCUGGUUUCCCAGAGAAGUAUCCAAACAACCUGGACUGCACUUUCAUGAUCUUCGCUCCAAAGAUGUCUGAGAUCAUAUUAGAGUUCGAGAGCUUCGAGCUGGAACCAGACCCGUCACCCCCUACUGGCGUAUUCUGCCGCUAUGACAGAAUUGAGAUUUGGGAUGGUUUUCCUGGAGUCGGUCCCUACGUUGGAAGGUACUGUGGACAGAACACGCCUGGAAGGAUCAUCUCUUACACCGGCAUCUUGGCACUGACAAUCAACACCGACAGCGCCAUCGCUAAGGAGGGCUUUUCGGCAAACUUCACUGUCAUGGAAAGGAUAGUUCCGGAAGACUUUGACUGCAGCGACCCGUUGGGAAUGGAAUCAGGGGAGAUAACAUCAGACCAAAUCAUGGCUUCAACCCAGUACAGCCCCAGCUGGUCCCCGGAGCGCUCCAGACUCAACUACUACGAAAACGCGUGGACCCCUGCAGAAGACUCCAACAAGGAGUGGAUACAGGUGGAUCUCGGGUUCUUGCGAUUUGUGUCCGCUAUUGGGACUCAGGGAGGCAUUUCCCAGGAGACACACAGGGUCUACUUCGUCAAGUCCUACAAGGUGGACGUCAGCUCCAACGGGGAGGACUGGAUCACUCUGAAGGAGGGCUCCAAACAAAAGGUUUUUCAAGGCAACACCAACCCAACGGACGUUGCCAAGACGAUGCUGCCCAAACCCACGCUGACACGAUUUAUUCGGAUCCGGCCCGUUACCUGGGAAACAGGAAUCGCGCUGCGCUUCGAGGUGUACGGUUGUAAAAUAUCAGAGUACCCGUGCUCUGGCAUGCUGGGUAUGGUAUCAGGCCUCAUCACCGACAACCAGAUCACAGCGUCCUCACACACAGACCGCUACUGGGUGCCGGAGAACGCCCGUCUGCUCACGAGCAGGGCGGGGUGGACACUGCUGCCCCAGCCCCAGCCCUUCACCAGCGAAUGGCUGCAGGUGGAUCUCGGCGAAGAGAAGCUGGUCAAGGGCUUGAUCAUACAGGGGGGAAAGUACCGUGAGAACAAAGUCUUCAUGAAGAAGUUCCGCGUUGGCUACAGCAACAACGGCUCCGACUGGAGGAUGGUUUUGGACCCCGGUGGGAACAAGCCAAAGAUAUUCGAAGGAAAUAACAACUACGACACUCCUGAGCUGAGGACACUGGAGUCCCUGCUGACUCGCUUCAUCAGAAUAUAUCCAGAGAGAGCUACAACUAAUGGCAUGGGCUUGCGGCUUGAGCUUCUGGGCUGCGAAAUUGAAGUCCUGACACCCCCGCCCACCACACCUGUCCCGAGCACCACUCCAUCAGAUGAGUGUGAUGACGACCAGGCAAGCUGCCACAGUGGCACAGGUGAUGACUACGAUGUGACAGGUGGACCCACAAUACCAGCAACCACUACUAUUGAGGUGGACACCAUACCAGCUUUCCUGUGGUUUGCCUGUGACUUUGGCUGGGCCAGUGACCCAUCCUUCUGCAGCUGGACAUCAGAAGACACUGGCUCCCGGUGGCAGAUCCAGUCCAGCGGCACCCCAACACUCAACACUGGACCCAACAUGGAUCACACAGGUGGAUCGGGGAACUUCAUCUACACUUUGGCCACUGGUUCUCAAGAGUCGGAGGUGGCCCGGCUCAUCAGCCCCGUGGUCAGCUCCCCGGACUCGGAUCUGUGCGUGUCCUUUUGGUACCACAUGUUUGGUUCACACAUCGGGACGCUGCAUAUAAAGCAGCGCAAACAGACAGUUGACGGACCGGCAGACAUCCUGCUGUGGACAGUGAGUGGACAUCAGGGCAAUCGCUGGAGAGAAGGACGGGUCGUCGUACCACGGACUAACAAACCCUACCAGGUGGUGAUUGAAGGUCUUGUGGAAACAAAGAGUUGGGGAGACAUCGCUGUGGAUGACAUUAAGGUUCUGGACGGGCUCGGCGUAACAGACUGUAAAGAUCCUGAUGUACCCACGGAGCCCAUGUUACCGGAGGACAGGAUUAAUAAAAUCCUUGAAGACAUCACGGAAUAUCCAGUGUUUGUGGAGACCAAUCAAAUCAGCGGGGCAGGCAACAUGCUGAAGACGCUCGACCCCAUCCUCAUCACCAUCAUUGCCAUGUCGGCACUGGGCGUUUUCCUGGGCGCCAUCUGCGGCGUAGUGUUGUACUGUGCCUGCUCACACGGCAGCAUGUCGGACAGGAACUUAUCAGCCCUGGAGAACUAUAACUUUGAACUAGUGGACGGCGUCAAGAUAAAGAAGGACAAACUGAACGUACAGAACUCGUACUCGGAGGCUUGAGAUGGGACUUUAGGCUUCGGUGUGACUGUGUGACGUGCAGAGCUCACAGAGCGUGCACAAGACUGGCUGCGAGCGUCACCUCUCAUGUGUGUGUAUAUGUGAGUAGGUAAGCUUGAAGGACUGCCAACACCCUCAUCCUGCUGGACGAGGGACAUGUUCAGGAUCCAAUGGGGAUGUUUGGACUGAUCCGUGCUUUUCUCAGGAGCUGCAGUAAAAAAAAGAACCUACUAGUAGGGGACACUGUGUACAAAUAAAUGACAGGAAAAAAUGAUGUACAGAUGAUUAAGAUGAUAUUUUAAUUUUUCUAUUUUGUUUUUCAUUCAUUUUUACAAUCGGAUGCUGGUGUUGAGACCAAUUAAUAAUGUUUAAAGUAUUUAUCAUUUUGUGGGAAAAAAAGAAAAAAAAAGUUUCAUCAUCAGUUUGUGAAGUCUGUUGUAUAUUUUCAACUUUUUGAGAGAGACGUAAAAGUCAGAAUCGUUAGAUGAACCAUUGUUGGCAAAACUGUAGAUUUGCCCUGUGGUGUGGCAGAACAGGGUGGGUCCAUAGGACCCUGACGUGUUGUUACUUUUUCAUCUUUGACUCUGAUCACUCUAAAGUGAGGGUUCUAUUCAUGGCAAUGUACGGAUCUACCAGUGCCUUUAGUACAUUUCUGUUGGUCUCCUCUGUUGACCUUUCGUUACUGUAUGUGGUUUAAGUUAUGACUCUAGGAAACAGGGGCACGUUGUGUUCUACUAAACAGGAUAACAAUCUAUCACAGCGCUUUAUUUCGUUUAUCGUUGUCGUAUUAUUUUUUUUUUGUCCAAAAAACACACACUGUAAAUAAGUUUUUAAUAUAUUUUAUUGCCCUUUUUAAUCAAAGUAAAAAGGUAAAAAAAAAAAAAAGCUGCGGUAUCCCUUUUUUUUCAGGUGUUUCGUCUGCGUGUGUGUAAAUACAAUCUUCUGACUGUUUCUGUGGAAGGUGCAGUGUUGUGUUUUAGUUGACUAUUAUUGUUACUGUUAUUAUUAUUGCUAUUAUUUUCAUUUCAAUUGCUCACUCGGGCAGACGUUUGUGUGACGCUGAUGUUACGGCAGCUUCAACGUGCAUUCAAGCCAUGUGUCAUCGAAGGCUGCUCGACAAAAGAAAAAAAAAUACCACAAAAUUUGAAAUCUCACAUUUUAAUAUGAUAUAUUACAUGUUGACGGCACAGGAGCUGGCUAAUUCGGAGCUGUUCACCAGCGUACCAAAACAAAGACCUCCUACAAUCAUUGUUGGGUUUUUUUGCUUUAGCUAAGACGUAGACUAACUCAUCUCCUCAGACAUCACUGUGGAUUGUUCUCUGAAGGAGUGCUCUCUGGACAAUGCAGCUUGAAUGCACUUUGUUUCUGAUUCUCUUGCGAUAGUAGCCCCUUUAAAGUGGCGGCCGCUACAUAAAACUGAAGAAUGGUGCUAUUCAUUACUUUGAGGCAGACGCUCGUGUCUCACAUUGAACCCACUUUGUAUUGUUCACUUCAUAAUCUACUGUAGCUUCUAAAAAUUCACAGUGGGGCUGCAAAAAUUGUUUGGGUUUUUUUUUUUUUUUUUCUCGCUCUCUCUUUCCAUGAUGUUUUUGCGUUUCACUAGUAGCAGCCAUAACAUUGUGAUGUCACAGCUGAUGUCUUUGAGGAUGGUUCACGUUUGAUUCAGCUGAUAAUGGAAUGGCAGGUGACCUGAUUUCCUCCCAUUGGGGCUUUUACCAAAGGAUUGUUGUCUUGUUCGCUGUGAGGUACAAACACAACUGAUCAACGGGAGUGACUUUUACAGCCUCCGUAAAAAAAACAACAUUUUUUAAGGGGUGUACAGUGAACCUUACAAUGGGGCAGGACUUUGGUGUGGACUGUUGGCAUCAGGACACGAGAGGCCCAUGAGAACUGGAACUUGGCGUUUCAUGCCGUGCCACAAUCAAACAAUCAAAACUGACCACGGGAGGAGGGUGACGUCGCUCACUGUGUGCAUCGUGCGUGUGUGUAUAUGUGCUUCUGUGUUGGACACGUUCAUUUCAGAGUCACCGUUAGUCCCCGAUCUCUGCUCUACAAGACUGUAGCUCCAGUGACGUGAUGCUGAACUAGAGAACAAGGAUACUGUAGGGAGGGCUACACAGAAACAAUGUUGCACUGAUAAAUAUAUUCAAGAGGUUUAUGUGUUUAUAGCAUUCAUUUUCAGAAAAGAAAAAAAACAAAAACGAAAGAAAUGUUUAAAAACUGUUCAUUUUUUUCAUCUUUAUAAAUAUAUAAAUAUAUAGUUUCAGAUUAUGUGACAUAAUUCUGAAAUGUAAAGAUAUUGAGAUGUUUUCAUUAUUGAAAAAGGCAUAAUAGAUUUUCUGACAGUUAUGUACCUGCCCCCCAAACCCCAUUUAUGUGGCAUAUUAACGCUUCAUUUUGUACUGUCAUUCGAAUUUUGUGCAGAUUUUUUCUUUUUUUUUUUUACCAGACAACAGAAAAAAAAGACUUUUAUUUUCAAUACUGCUUCUGUAAUUUGCUGUUGUAGGGGAAAAUGAAUAAACAGCAAGGCCUUAAAAAGGUAAGAAAA